AUGGAUUGGUUUGCAGUUCAUAAUGAUGGCAGAGAGACUGAAUUACUGGCUUUGGAUGGAACACUUCCUGUAGUGAUUAGAGGUAUGUAACUGUUAACAGGUUGGUUCUUUUUGCGUAAUUCCAGACUUGCCACGAUCCAAAGCCUGAUUUUAGUGGAUGUUUUGUAGGUAAAGCCCACUAUCAAAUCAGCAUUCAACCCAAAUGUAGUUUGAUUCAAAAUUUUCUAUGUUUCCCAGCCCUAAUUAUUCCUGUUGAUAACACAGUCAGUUUCCCUAAUACUUAACUGGGACCUAGGGCAAUACACUGUAAUUAUUUCUGUAACAAGUGUUUAUUUAGGACUGGACUUGGUGGAGUUAAGCGAGACCUGGCUAGCCCAAUCAUACAUAUAAGUUUACUGUAGACUGAGCAUACAGGCAGAUGGCUAUGUAAUCUAACAUGGAUAUUUGCUACUAACAACUGAACACCAGUGAUCAACAGUUAUUACUAGUUUCCUAUAACACAACAGUCCAAAUUAAACCCUAAAUAGAUAAUACCAAAUGUGUACAUUUUAUUGAUGUGGUAAGAGGACUGUUCUGCUUCCAAUAAUAAUCCUAUUUGAACUCACAGGUACUUACUCUGCGUUACUUAUAUCUGAUAAAUGGGUUUUUUUCAUACAUGUACAUGGCACAGAUGGUAUCUUAAGUGGUAUUAUAGUUGCUAAACUGCUAUCAGCAGGAAUCAGCGCAAAGGAAAUCCUAAGAUUUCUUUUUUUCAUAACUAAUAGCUGGUUCUCAAUGUAAAGGACAUUAUUCACACAUAUAGGAUGGCCAUUUUUGCAUGAGGACAUUAAAGUAAAAUAAUAGAGUAUUAAGAUUGUACUUUUUUGGCUUUCAAAAAUUGUUUUAAUUUAUUGAUGGAAUGAGUCAGGUACAUAUCUGUAAACAUUAUCUCUUAUGCUGCUAGUGGUUGUUUUCAAGGGUCAAUCCUGUAAACAACAAUCUUAAGUUACAGGUAGGACUAUGCAAAUACUAUUUCUGCUUUGCUAAUAUACCGAAGCUACAACCGUAAGAAAAUCAGUAUGUUAAUAAGUGCUGGAUUUUUAUUUUUUCCUGAUGAACAGGUGUAACAUACAACAUUCCAGUGUGUGUAUGGCUACAGGAGAAUCAUCCAUAUGUUCCUCCCUUGGUGUUUGUUAAACCCACCAGCAGCAUGGCUAUCAAACCAUCACAUCAUGUGGACACAAACGGCAAAGUUUAUCAUCCUUUCCUACAUGAGUGGUCUUAUGUAUGUAUUUUAAAUAAUAUUAUUAUUAUUGCUCCUCUAUAA